AUGGCCCUCAGAAGAGACAGAACCGACAGCACCUCUUCCUCCUCCGAGAGAUUGCCAUUAUCUGACAGUUCAGAAGACUAUCGCGAUGAGUCCUUCAAAGACCACUUCACCGAAGGCCACCAUUGCAUGAACCAUCAACGCCAACCCCCUUUUCAAUGGAGCAGUCUAAUCUUCCACCUCAUCCUAGCCCUUAUCUACGGCGCAGCAUUCCUAGCAGCAACGUACCGAUCCACAAGCAAUAUCAACCAUCAAGACAGUAAACCUGCACAUCUUAUCGCAUCCCCAUUAUGGGAAGCCGUACAACUCGAGCGCAAAACCAUCAACGCCUCAAUCGAGAGCGAAAAUCCAUUCAAGGGCGCCCCAUCUGAAGAACUGGAUCACGCAUGGCACCAGUUAUUCAUCAACUCGAAUAUCCGAGUUACGGCUGAAGAUCUAGCGAAGAUAAAUCGCACGUCCGUCCCGAUAAAUGAUGAGAAGGGGGGGUAUUAUGCCAUUCCGGCUGCAGAACACUGCAUCGACAACCUCCGCCAAAACAUCAUGUGCAAAGCCGACGUCUCUCUCCUAACCUUCACAUGGGACCCGAAUGAUCGCGCCCCGAAACCCAACUUCGUCAUCGAGCACGAAUGCGCCAACUGGAACAAGGUGGAUAAAUGGGCCGAGGAACAUCGAUUCGAUAUCUUCGAUGAAACUACCCUGAUUCAUCCGACCCUGGGCCCUUCGUUCCCCGAGGAGGAGUAUAAGGCUACGGGGAGGAUUCCGGGACAUCCGGAUUUUCAUCCGAAUGGGUAUCAUGGGGAUCAUGGGGCAUAG